AUGAACUACGACAAGCUCAUUGACCAGUUCGGCUGUCAGAAAAUCGACCAGUCGCUCGUCGACCCUAUCCACCGCCUCACCUCACGUGCUUCCCACUUGUUCCCCCGCCGCGGCGUCUUCUUCGCCCACAGGGACUUGAAUGAAAUUCUUGGUGCAUAUGAGCGAGGAGAGAAGUUCUAUUUGUACACUGGAAGAGGGCCUUCCUCUGAGGCAUUGCAUUUGAUAUUUGCAAGAGGCCUUAAGGUUCCUCUUGUUAUUCAACUUACUGAUGAUGAGAAAUGCAUGUGGAAAAAUCUGACCGUGGAAGAGAGCCAGAGACUCACCAGGGAGAAUGCCAAAGACAUUAUUGCCUGUGGUUUUGAUGUAACAAGAACCUUCAUCUUCUCGGAUUUUGAUUAUGUUGGUGGGUAA